AUGCCUGCUGAACUAAAAAGUCAAUUGCCGACCGAGGUCAAGACCUUUCUCCACGACACCUACGCCCCGGCAUUCAUUGCGCAGAUGGUUGGCGCCAAUUCUGAGUACAGAAAGUAUCUCUCCAAUCCUGACUGCGAGAAGAUUCGGUACUGGUGGGCAGGAAAUGACGCCAAGUGUUUGGCUAAGUCGAAGUGGUAUGUGGCCCUGAAUAAAAUAGCUUCUCAGUGCACGGUGAGAGAGCACUUUAAACUGGACAUGGAGCAGUCGGAAGCAGUAGCUCUCGCCGAAGCACUGUUGGUGGAGGUCAAGACAAAGGAUCGGAUCAAGCGAUUUAUCAAUGGAGGACACAUGGCUACGGAUGUGAACAAGAUUUGCAGCUUUUUCAACGCUCUAGAACCAGACAAAGACCUCGCCAAAUCCUGGUUCGAUCGGAUCCUUAGACUCCUGCAGGAUGAGACCACUCACCAAGUCCGUGGAAAGCAGGUCAAGGAUGAGCUAGCCAAAGACCAUCUGUACGAUACAAUGAAGACAUUCAUUGAGCUUCUGCUGGCCCAGGACAGCCAAUUUACAGGGGAGGUGGCCACGAAAUUGGUCGAAGAUUUGAGAAAGUUCGAGGAGAAUGCCAUUAACAAGAACGACACCGCAAAGAAACAGGCUGAGAACAUUAUGCUCAAGAUGGCCGUGCUUCCGCAACAGAUAGCUAACCUCCAGGCUGCGGCACCAAUCACAAAAAAGCUCUCCGGAACCAGGCUCUUUCAAUUUGCGAGCUCCGUCGUUGAUAGAGUCGCGGAGAAUAUUCCUAAUGGGUUGAAACGGAUCGCUAAGUACUUUCGGUUAUACGUACUCGAACGCAAUCCAUGA